AUGGACAACGCCGACCAUUUUAUCGAGAAGUGCGAGCAGGAUGCCACCAAUGGCAAGACGCCUGCGGAGCAGCACGAGGCCCUGGAGCGCACCCACACCUCCUCGACAAUCUCCAGCAGCUCAUCAGAUGGCUCUACCGCCUCGGUAGAACGCCGCGAGAUUGGAAUGUCAAGAGUGCCGACUGCCAGGGAUAACAUGGCCGACCUGGAACGCAAUCAGACAGCCAUGAGCAGGAUCCAGACCGCACGCAGCCAGCAUAGCGGAACUGUUGGUGCGAGCAUCAAGAGCAGAAAGUCGAACAAGCCAUUGCCAAACUUUGGCGCCGGCAAGCCAUACCCGCCGCCCCUGCCAGAUCGGGAGGAGUAUGUCGUGGAGUUUGAUGGUCCGGACGACCCAAUGCACGCCCAGAACUGGCCAUUGAAGAAGAAGCUUGCGACGGCGGUGAUGCUGGGAUACACUACGCUCGUGGCUGCUUUUGGCAGUUCCAUUUUCUCCUCUGCUACUCGCGUUGUGGCUCAAAAAUUCGAGGUCAGCACUGAGGUUGGUAUCCUGGGAGUGUCCCUGUACGUCCUGGGUUUUGCAACUGGUCCUAUCCUCUGGGCGCCAGGAUCUGAACUGUACGGCCGGCGGAAGCCCUUGAUCAUCUCGUCCUUUGGCUUCUCCAUCUUCUUCAUCGCCUGCGCCACGGCCAAGGAUCUCCAAACCGUUCUUCUGUGCCGCUUCUGGAGUGGAUUCUUCGGCGCCUGCCCCCUUACUACCGUCGCCGCCGUCUUCUCGGAUAUGUUCGAUAACAGGACCCGUGGUAUUGCUAUCACCGUAUUCUCCAUGACCGUUUUCACCGGCCCGCUGCUCGCCCCUUUCAUUGGUGGAUUCAUUACCAUGUCCUACCUCGGCUGGCGCUGGACGCAGUACAUCGUCUCGUUCAUGGGCUUCUUCGCAUUCGCUAUCAACAUUUGUUUCCUGCAGGAGACGUACCCGCCGGUCAUCCUCGUGAACAAGGCGGCGGAGCUGCGCCGCAGGACCAAGAACUGGGGCAUCCACGCCAAGCAGGAGGAAAUCGAAAUCGACUUCCGCGAGCUGCUCGAGAAGAACUUCUCCCGUCCUCUCCGCAUGCUGGUCACCGAGCCCAUCGUGCUGCUGCUCUCCAUCUACAUGGCCUUCGUCUACGGCAUCCUCUACCUCUUCCUCACGGCCUACCCCAUCGUCUUCCAGCAGAUCCACGGCAUGAACCUGGGCGUCGGCGGCCUGCCCUACUUCGGCAUGAUCACGGGCCAGCUGCUGGCCGGCACCUUCAUCGUGCUCCGGCAGCCGGGCUACCAGCGCAAGCUGGCGGCCAACAACGACGUGCCGGUGCCCGAGUGGCGUCUGCCCGAGGUCAUCAUCGGCGGCGUCGCUUUCUCCGUGGGGCUGUUCUGGUUCGCGUGGACCGGCUACACCAAGGACAUCCACUGGAUCGUGCCCACGCUGUCCGGCCUGUGCAGCGGGUUCGGCCUCAUGGCGAUUUUCUUGCAGAGCUUGAAUUACCUCGUUGAUGCGUAUCUUAUGUUCGCCGCCUCCGCCAUCGCGGCAAACACCUUCCUCCGCUCCCUCUGCGGCGCCGGCUUCCCGCUCUUCGCGACGUACAUGUUCGAGGGCAUGGGCGUUCAGUGGGCCGGCACCCUGCUCGGCUGCGUCGCCGCCGUCCUCGUUCCCGUGCCCAUCCUCUUCUACCUCAAGGGCGCCAAGAUCCGCGAGAGGAGUCAGUUCGCGCCGACAAAGCCGCUCGGCUCGGAUUAA